AUGCUGUCCAAUUCCCUCAAUGACGCUCACAUUGCCGAAGCUGGCAGUGACGACAGUUUCGGUAUACGGCCGCCACUACUCCUGGGGGAUCCGCAACAGAUGAACCCGCCUUCGUCUUCCUCACACGUGGCCUUCACGUUAUCCAACUCCCUUGUGCAGUUUCUUUCACCGCUGCAGUUGCAAGGGUUUGCAUCACGGAUUAUUGAAACAUGUGGUCUGCGCCACAUGGAUGAACUUGCCGCUCGGGUAACAUGUGAAGACGACGUGGAUGCGCUUCUUGGGUCACAUGCUUCUCUGCAACAGCGCCGUGAGUUGUGGAAGGGAGUCUGCAAGUGGAAGCGAACAGCCAAUAAGCGAGGGCGAGAAUGGACGAAAAAGUCCGAUAAAAAGAAGGCGGUGUUGGAUGGCAACUCUCGUGACGCGGAUGUCAUGUCGGAAAAAAUGCAUCGUUCUACGACAAGGUAUUUCAUUGAUUUGGAGAAGUGCACACCAUCUCAGUUUAUACGCCAAUUUGCUUUUGACGGCUAUAAAGAAGCUGAAACGUGUUUGGCAAAGCAACAGCCGGCGGAAAUAUGCAUCAGCAACGCUAUUGGAACUGCGACAGAAGGUGCUGACAAUUGCAGUGCACCAGGGACGGUCAUCUCAUCUCCGGGCGCUCCUUCCCGUUCCCUCUCGCGGACUUCUUCAGUGAGUACGUUGGAAGACGCUUACCUUCUUCCAGAGAAGCGGUAUCGUCGCGAGAAGUUGCCCGUAUCGACUCUCUCCAUGGGCCCUGGAACGGGAACUGCAGGGGGAGACGAAUUUUUACGGGAAUGGGGUCUUCACGGCGAUGAUGCGGAACCGAAACGGGAUUCGGCUCACUCUUCGGUGCUCUCGGAAGCGGAGGGCGUUGUUCAGAUACGGGAGCUAAUCGAGGAGUGUUGUGCAGAGCAUGAGGCAAUGCGAGUGGCGAUGUGUGGGGCACUGAGCAGUGCUGUCGCCACCUACAAUGAAGGACUGAGGGCGCUGCAGGAAAAACUUCGCCGUGUGCUUGCAGUAAAAAGUAAAAAGAGGAGGAGUGGCCCGGUUGGUAGUGACGUUUCCGCGACUUUGGAAAGGGCGGCAAGGCUUGUCUCCGAACCUCCACUGCGCGUCGAGAUGCACCCCGCGGAAUCCCAGUGGGGAGAGAUUGUGUCGUUUCAUACUCAUGUGAAGAAACGCUCUUUAGAAAGGAUCGAACAUGUGAACAAGAGGCGUCACUGUACCCGAGAUGAUGGCGGUGGUGGUGGUGAAAGUCUGGAGUUUUGCGCAGUUUCAACGAGUGUCGAGCCGAAUACCGAUAACAUGCGCCCAUCCUCGCCGGUAAACGCAAUCAUCGUCUCUUCCCCCUCUGGUAACAUGAACGAGGACGCGAUGCCUAGCCUCAGCGACUUUACCUCACCAAGCAGGGGAAGUUACCGGCACACCGAGGCGCUGGCUCGAGAAGAAUACACAAGACAGCACGGCAUAGCUUUGCAGAACCCUCCCGACGGGAUGCCAAGGCCCACCAACAAUGAUAAAUCUCAAGCCUUUCCCGCCGUACUCCAGCUGGAGGAGGAAAUUAAGGGGUCUUUUCAUGCCAAUGGGUGGGAUGAAGGCGUUGCUGACGUUACCACCGAAUGUGAAGAAGGUACUGGUGCUGAAGAGUUAUUAAUAGCAUGUCCAUCGGCAGUGGCAUUUACACGCUCGGCGUGUGGAAAUGUUAAUGCAGGUGUUACAUCUCAGGACCUUGUUGAACCGUGUGGUGCAUUUUCACUUGAUGAUUUUGGUUUACAGGCCGUCUCCAAGGAAGUGAAUUACUCCGCUCUCGGAGACGCUGAGAAGCCUGUGUUUAUAGGUGAGGUUUUGCAUGGCGCCAGCAACCUAAAUUCCGUGGCGGUUGAAAGCCAGGUAAUUGAUGUGGACGCACUAUCUUCCUUGGAAAGUUUUACGAAAGAAAGGGAGCGUUCAUCACGGACGCAUCAGAAUAAUGAUUAUGCUAUUUCUGUUGAUGACGGCAGUGAAGAAAUGUCUACACACAGCAGUCCCAUGGCGUUAAAAGGUGGUUUGUCUGCAGGGGAACAUGUUUGGAUGUGUUCACAGUUGCCCCGAGAGCGUCAGAGGGCCGUGUCACGAAGUUCCUCUUUGUCCACUUUCCAAGAGUCGGGGAAUGAUUACAUGGAUUCCCUUUCCAUUUCUGUGAGCAACCGUGCUAAAGGCCUGAAUUGGACAACAACCAGCAGCAUGGCCGCUGAUAUGCAGAACCUACUUUCAAAAUCCCAUCAGAAUGAAGAGAAAAAGGUUCAAUUGCAGAACGAUGCAAUUAAUGCGGAUGAGGAACAUACGGUAAUGAUAACGGCGACGAGGGCCCCUUCACCUCAUUGUUUGUUGGGUCCUCAAGGAUUACCGCCAUUGCCGUCAAGGAACUUGAUGAAUAAAACUCCGCUGAAUGCUCAAGAGCCUAUGGAGGAGACAAUAGAAGAACUGACAAGUGAACGAGUCAUGAAGAUGAGCUAUGACGUGUUACGCCAAUGGUGCCUGCGUCUUGGGCUGCGUAUUGUCUGCGAUGAGGCGCACUCCAAGGAUGCGGAGGAGCAGGAAUUCUGUAACGUCACGGACAUGGAUGUACCUGGGAAGGAGGAUAGCCGUGAUAUUGCCUUAACACAGGGAGAAAAUAGUAGCGGCUGGUGGUUAAUGGACAGCAGUGUGGACAUUAACGAGGAUGAUCAAAAAACAUUAGACGGAAGUUGCUCUUCACAUUCGCCACAGCGGCAUCCUAUGAACGAAGGAAAUUGCACAAGAACCCCGCCAACAUUUGCACUAGGAGUGGAUACUGAUGAAUUGGAAUGGAGGGAUCUUCAACGCGCGGCAGUGACUGAGCAAAUGCAAGAGGCACUGCGGCUUUUUAUUACUCGUCGAAAAUUUAUGUUGAAGGUUGUCCCAUUCUUUUUUCACCGUCUGCCGAGGUUUUCUGGUGGAGAUCCCUACAGGCCAGUGCGAGCAGCGGAAUUGGUGAAGACUCAAAUUGCGUUGACUCGUCAGGAGCUUGAAGAGCAGCGUCGAUUGGCAAAGAAGAAAGAGGCUGAAGAGGUGGUCUGCUGUAUAAUCACCAGUCUUGCAGCCGAUGCAGCGGAAAGUAUAGAACGGCAGGCAUUUUUACCAGUGAAAGAAAAAAAUAUUUUCACUGGUGAAGGCACGAAAAAUUUGCCUACUUCUACACCCAUUUAUUCUUCACAGACGACAUGCAAUGCCGCAUAUGCAGAGCUCCCUGUGUAUGACCAACUGCUGCUGAUGGAGCCCACGGAUGUUCAGACGGCAGCGACCGUCGUCCACGCCGACUUCCCGCAUGUAUCGAAGCAUCGCGUGGAGACUCUUCUUGAGGAAAGUGGAAUCCCAAUCAAAGUCUCACGUCAUGUAUGCAACAGCCAAGAAGUUGGCGGUGGAGAGUUGAAUGCGACGCAGCGCUCGGCAUCAUCGUGUUCGCCCCCGCCAAGCUCACCGACGUGUACGACACAAAAAGGGCAGACAGCGAGUACUCAAUACAGUAAAAGACGCUUUUUUGCACAACGCGGUUGGGCUCAGCAAAGGAGGAACCGGUAA